AUGCCUAAAACCAAUUCAAUGCCCGAAAAUCCAUUUCAUCCCCAACUUCUGAGGCUAAAAGUAGACAGUUCUCAUCUUGCAGAUGAAAUAAAGGCAGGUAUAUUUGAGAAUCAUAAUCAAAGUGGUCAAGCAAAGCGGUUGACCAAGGUUAUAUCACAAAACAGAGGUCAAUAUGGAUGGAUACACGUUGCUAAUGACAAACAUUAUACAAAUCAGAAAAACUUCUCAGCAACUGAAAUCAAACUAAAAAAAAAGAGCUCUGCUCACGAUGUCAAAAAAUUUCACUCGCAACCUGCACUGAAACUGCAGACCAUAAAAUUGAAUUUGAGCAAUAAAGAUAUUACAAAUUUUCACCGGCCUAGAGCACUGUGGUAUCCCCAUGAUAAUAAGGUGGCUGUUAAAGAACAAGGAGAUCUUAUAAGUGACGAUUCAUCUUAUGGUUUGAUGAGUAGUAAUACAUCACCGAACAGGGGUCAAUAUUGGAUCCCUACACCUUCUCAGAUCCUAAUCGGGCCUACACAGUUUUCUUGUCCAGCUUGCUGCAAAACCUUCAACAGAUACAAUAACAUGCAAAUGCAUAUGUGGGGAUAUGUAUCACAAUACAUAAUUUCUAACUUUCCUAACUGUCGAACAAAUUUUUUCUAA